GCUUUGAGGCUCGGAUGGUCCAGGUGUCUGCUACACAUGGACGAAAAUUAAACGACAGGUAUAAAUACUUUGCCUGGCCACAUGAGUCGGCGUGGAACUGGGCCUCAGUUCUCAAUUUGCUGCCAAGCGCGCGUCGCUGCCGAUAACGUAGCUUCCACCGCCAUAGCCAUAUCUUCACACCAUGGUUCACUUCUGGGAGCGCGCAUGGGCACCACCACUCACACCUGUCUGUUUGACGCCACACCGCUCGUCUAGUGCAGUGGAGCCCAUCGGCGUAUUGAAAACAAUCGACCACGUCGAGAUCACCAACUUCGCGGAGAUCGGCGGCGUCGUCUACUACUUCGUGGACGUUUACCUGAAGCAUCAUACGAAUCGCAUCCCGACUAACAUUAGGCUGGAGGCAUCGCGACGAGACCAACCAGACUACACUAUACAGAAGCGCUUCAACGACUUUGCCAACCUUCGUUACCAGGUGUGGAGCAUCGCGCAACGUCAGCACAGUGGUGGGGGCGCGUGUAAGUACUGCAGCAAGAACAUGGACUUCCUCGUGACUAGCUUCUCGCAGCCACGACUAUUCAUCAAGUUAUUCGUCAAGAGCAAGAAGGCCCGCAGUCGGUUGCUGGCCAAAGGCAUCAACAAAUACAUCGAACUGGCCAUCGGCGGAAAGGAGGAAUCUCGGCAGCGUUAUUACGUUUGCGAUGGCUACAUUACGAUUCCAGCGCUGGUCGAGCGGUUCCUUCGCGAUGACGCAUGAGGCCACAAGCCUCUGCCCACCUUGCGACUUGUCGUCAACCUGCUGCGAGUGCGAAUAUUUGUGCCUUGUCUUAAGCACCGAUGUCUGAAUUAACGUGUUGUCUGUAGAGUAUUGAGGUAGAAUGAUGGAGCGAGCGAGCAGGUUAGGCGCUACCCGCGCGUAUUAAUAACGUGUAAAUGAAGAGUGCGUGAUGCGUUGUCAAAGUCGAAUGCCCUUAGUGAUUGGCAGUGGACUAUUUCGUAUCUGCACCAUACACCCGUUUGAGCUUGCG